CAGGGCUCACCAUGUCUGACGAAAUGUUUAACUGCCCUGCCCUCUUAGUAUAGGUGGGAGGAGGAAACCUGUGUGAGUGGAGCGUUGGCUAACACUUUGCUCAGACUAUGGUGAAACCAACUGAGCCUGGACUAAAAAAAAAAAAAAACCUGCGAGGACUCUCGGGGAUCCCAGAGGAUCAUCAGGUACGGGAGGAGAUGGGCCAGGCUGGGAACCACACACCGGACUCUUGGUGAUAAGAGGACACUGAAUAUUGAAAAAAACCAUCCCAGAAACUUAUAAGUACUGGACUGGAUCCUCACAUUCUCUACUGUAGUGUCAUGAAAUGUUCCAUCUGCUGUGAUUUGGAGUUGACCGCCCACUGGGAAUACUCUCCUUGAAGAAUCAGACAUCAUUCCAGACAAAGAGAAGUAUUCAGUGUUAAGUUGUUAUCUCGGAAAACGGCUCACUUCUGGCUCUAAUCACAGAGACUUCACCCAGCAGAACUGAUAAGCUUAAGGGGAGGAAAAAAAAAAUCAAUAUCUGGGGAAAAACCUGAGCUCCCCACUCUGUGACCAUGGUUGAGGAAAUGGAGAGAGCAGAUGAGAAAGACUGGCAUGAGCUUGAACCCAACUACCCUGUCAAAAUCUUCCUGACAAUCUUCUACAGCCUCAUCCUGGUGACGGGUAUCCUGGGUAAUUCAAUCACUAUCAGAGUGACACAGGUGCUGCAGCGUAAUGGCUACCUGCAGAAGAACGUCACCGACCACAUGGUCAGCCUGGCGUGCUCGGACCUCUUGGUCCUGCUCAUCGGCAUGCCGGUGGAGCUCUACAGCGCAAUCUGGUUCCCGUUCACAACCGAACAAGGGAACGCUUUCUGCAAGAUCUACAACUUCCUGUUCGAGGCUUGCAGCUACGCCACGAUCCUCAACGUAGCCACGCUUAGCUUUGAGCGCUACGUCGCCAUCUGUCACCCGUUUCGCUACAAAGCCUUGGGGGGGAAACGCACCUCUGCCCUCAUCACCUUUGCCUGGCUGGUGGCCGUGCUCGUGGCCCUGCCGUUGCUGAUUGCCACGGGAACGGAGGGACACAUUCCCGUCCUGGCGGAAACCCCCGUCCAGAAUCUGACUUUCUGUACCAAUCUGCGGGAGCACUGGGUGAUGUACAGGGUCAGCAUCUUCGUGGCUUUCAUCGUGUACAUGAUCGUGCUGGUCUGUGUGGCCGUCAUGUGCCAGGCCAUGGUCCUCGUCCUGCGGAAGCCUUUGGGAUGUGCGGACGGCGGCGUCAACGGAGCUCAAGGGUCCGCCAAGCACGAAGAUUCAAAGGCCAAGACAGCCAGGAAGCAGACCAUCAUUUUUCUUGGUCUCAUCGUGGGGUCCUUGAUGGUGUGCUGGCUUCCCAACCAGAUUCGUCGUCUUAUGGUGGCUGCCGUGCCCAAGUCCCACUGGACUGUUACCUUCUUCCGGAGCUACGUCACUCUCCACCCUGUGGCCGACAGCUUCUUCUACCUCAGCUCCGUGCUCAACCCGUUCCUCUACAACCUCUCCUCCAGACAGUUCAGGGAGGUUUUUGUCCAGGUGCUGCGGUGCCACCUCACCAUCGAACACAUCAACAAGCGCACCGUGCGCAGCUCCCACCCUGCCUCUGCGCGCUCCCUCCAGCCCCUGCUGAAGUCGCUUCGUCGCAGCAGGGCCAACCGCCCCGACCCUGCAGAAGGGAAAACUCAUCCCACCCUUACAACCAUUCAGAGUCAAAGUGACUCUGGAGUGGCUUCAAAUACUCUUAGCCUGACUGAAGAAUCUCAUUCAAUUCUCAAAACAAAGACAGAUGUACCAUCGGAGAGUGAAGUAUAAUGUGCUGUACAAUUUAAUGCAACAAAGUGAACAGUAAAAACAAGUCUCAAGGGAUGCUUGUGCCGUGCCAUCAGAAACGAAUAAAGAGACAUUCCUUAUACACAGUAAACACAGUACAAAGUGUUAAUUCCAGAAUUUCACUAACAGAUCACAAUCAGCUGACAAUUUGGCACAAUAGCAAGCUUCAUGGGGGGACUCAAGUAUGAAAUAGUUGUCAAGUCAGAAAAUGAUAAACACAAAAAGCUCAAAUAUUCAGUUAGCAUGAAGACCCUUGCCUGGGUCCAGACCUUUGAUUCUGCCCACAUCCCCCAGUUGACUGAUUUGUCUGGCAUUGUGACAUGAAGUGGCGGUUUGUCGAUUGAAAAACUGUCGAUCCAACGAGCGCCACUGGGGUAUUAACGAUGACCCAAUCAGCACCAGGGGUGGGACUAACGCUGUUUAAAGUGUUGUCAAGCUGUGUUUACAGACUUGUCUUACAAUAUCUCCCAACAUCGUAGUUUGUUGUUGCUUCGCUCCAUUAAAGGAAAACUUUGCCGAUCCUCAACCAGCUCUAUAUUAUACUGUAUUAGUACAUGCAGGUGGAAAGGUCUGCGUUGUGUUAACCAGCAGACCCCCGCCAGUGAGUAAGUGGGGAGCUGAGGGCGUGCUGGCAACACAGAGGGACACACCGUUUAUCUGCACACACUGCCCACACUGCAAUGACACAAAGCUGGUUGAAAAUUGGCAGAAUUUCACUUAAUAACAACGGCAAAACCAGUAUGUUGGAUUGGUUUAGCAUCAGUGUCGACUACUGAUUGGUUAGGAAAAAAUGUAAUCCUGGACCGCGAUAAAAAAA